CGAGAGCAGUCAAUUAUGUAUUUCAAACAAUCCUAUAUACUUAUAAUUGUACAUUAUAAUUUUAAAUUAAAUACCCAACUGACCUUUGACAGCUACAAAUGAAAGUGUAGACUAAUCAUGAAAUGGAACACAUGAUUGUCUACUACUAGUAUUACUCUUCUGUGAAUUUCUCAGAAGAGUCAUAAUUUCAAUUACUUUUAUUACUUCGAGAAGAAAAAUAAAACAGCACGUGCUAAAUACAGUGGUAUAUAGAUCUUUGGAUCGCUUCGGCUGUAUUUUCUCAAUACAAAUCUCGAGGCGCCAAAAUCACUGCAUAACCGGCGAUUUCCACUUUCCGGCGAAGAUCCGUCACCUUUAAACUACUAAUACAACAAAAUGUUAAUCAAAGCCCAAAGGCUCACUCUCUCCCCUUUCUUUCCACGAAAUCCGAUUAAAUCUCACCAAACACUGAUCCGUUGUCUCGGCGGAGACUCGGUGCUAACUCGGAGAAAACUCAGCGCGAUCACCAUAACUACUCCGAUUCUUCAGAAAAAAUCGGUGGUGACUCGUCGGAGAAUCAAAGUGGAGCGAGUCACGAGGAACUGCGUCGGCACUGAUGGAGAAAUCGGCGAGUUUGAGGAAGAAGAGGAGGAGGAGAAUAAGAGAGGGGAUCUAGUGAAAGAGAGCGUAUGGGAACAGAUGAAAGAGAUCGUCAAGUUCACAGGUCCGGCGAUGGGGAUGUGGAUUUGUGGACCGUUGAUGAGUCUCAUCGACACGGUGGUGGUUGGUCAAGGAAGCUCCAUCGAACUCGCCGCUCUUGAUUUUGUGUCGGACAAGAAAGAAGCACAACAUCAAAUUUCUGUCUUACUCUUCACUGGAUUAAUUUGUGGACUAAUGAUGCUUUUGCUCACGAGAUUAUUCGGACCUUGGGCUGUUACUGCUUUUACAAGAGGGAAGAACAUUGAGAUUGUACCUGCAGCCAACACAUAUAUUCAGAUUCGAGGCUUAGCGUGGCCGUUUAUUCUUGUUGGAUUGGUUGCGCAAAGCGCCAGUCUUGGAAUGAAGAACUCAUGGGGACCUCUCAAAGCAUUAGCAGUAGCUACGGUCAUUAACGGUCUUGGAGACACAAUACUAUGCUUGUUUCUUGGACAAGGUAUCGCGGGAGCUGCUUGGGCAACAACUGCCUCUCAGGUUGUUUCGGCUUUUAUGAUGAUGGAUUCUCUGAACAAAGAAGGCUACAAUGCUUACUCCUUCGCGGUCCCUUCGCCGCAAGAACUAUGGAAGAUCUCUGCAAUCGCCGCACCUGUCUUUAUCUCGAUUUUCUCAAAGAUUGCUUUCUACUCUUUCAUCAUCUAUUGUGCUACCUCCAUGGGAACUCACGUUUUAGCCGCUCAUCAGGUGAUGGCUCAGACGUUCAGGAUGUGCAACGUAUGGGGCGAGCCACUCUCUCAAACGGCUCAGUCAUUUAUGCCUGAGAUGUUAUAUGGUGCGAACCGUAACCUUCCCAAGGCCAGAAAUUUGCUUAAGUCCCUAAUGAUUAUUGGAGCCACGCUUGGAUUAGUCUUGGGAAUUAUUGGAACAGCGGUUCCUGGCCUGUUUCCUGGUGUCUACACACAUGAUAAAGUCAUCAUAACCGAGAUGCAUAGACUGCUUAUACCUUUCUUCAUGGCGUUGUUUGCAUUGCCUAUGGCAGUAUCCCUAGAGGGUACACUGCUGGCGGGACGUGAUCUCAAAUUCGUUAGUUCCGUGAUGAGUUCAAGCUUCGUUAUUGGCUGCCUCACACUAGUGUUUGUGACACGAAGCGGUUAUGGUUUACUCGGCUGCUGGCUUGUUCUCGUCGGAUUUCAAUGGGGUCGGUUUGGUAUGUAUCUACGGCGGCUUCUUUCACCUGGAGGCAUACUUAAUACGGAUGUGCUGAGUUCACCAUAUACGGUGGAGAAGAUCAAAUCAGUUUAAGUCUCUGUCCAAAACGUUUAAAAUCAAAUAUUCUAAGCAGGAAGAGAUUAAAAUUCAUGAGCGCAUUGAGCCCUUACUGUUAUUUUACUCUUGGUAUCUCAAGUCUCCAAAAUUCAAAUUCACUUUUAGGUUCUUUUAACUCUUCCCUUCAUUUCAUAUGGGAACAAUGUUUGUGAUUCUAAUCUUGAAGAAAAUGAAAAUGCAUUUAGAUAAAAAAAAAAAAGUAUUCUUGAGAUGAUAACAAACAAACCGGUAAAAAAAAUCAAGCUGUUGCGACUCUACUUCCGCCUCUGCGUCCACGUCCAUCAGGUCUCUCUGAGUACUCCCUUCUAAAAGGUCUAGUGGGUCUAGCGUUUGUGAAUUUCUGUCUUCUUCUAAUCGACAACCUCUCCACUUCCUUCUUCUUCUCCUCUGCUUUCAUUUUGGUGGGACUAGGCCGAUACAAUAUCACGGUCCGCCCGAUUUGUCCUACUGCUACUGAACCUGUCGCUUCUUCCAAAUGCCUAACCGCGUCCUCUAGCUCAUCCGGCGAUGUCUUGCGUAUCUUCACCUGUUCGGAGCUCGUUCUUCUCCAGAGUCUCCAGGAAGGAGAAAACCACUGAAUCAGUAACUCCAGAUUUUCCGACGAGCUGACAUUUCAAUUUGUCACCCAGACUAUGCGCGUAUGAAGCCAAUUCCUUCUUCUCCUUUAUCGACAACUUCAAAGCCGAGCCACGAGCCUUCUUCUUCAUCUUCUCUGUUUUCUCCUCCGAAACCUCUUCAGAUGCUCCCGAAUCUUCAAUUCCUCCCACGGAAACCAUUCCACUGUCCAGUUCUUCUUUUUCUUCUUCUUCGCUAUAUUCGUCUUCCUCGCUCUCUCCGUCUUCUCCGAGAUCUGGUUCAUCGAUGGAAGAGAAGGAUUUCGCUACGAGUGAAGAAGUAUAAGGAAAAGGAAGCGGCUUUGAAGAUAGUGACUGAAAGCGAGGUCUGUUACGGUGGCUGGAUUGAGAGAUUGAAGCGGAUAAGCAAAAGGGUUUGAGGAAGAGACAGACCGAAGAUGGCGGUUCGGGAAGUCGGAGAAGGUUGUGGAUAAGAUGAGUCGAUGAAGAAGACGAUGGUGUUACUCUCGCCAUUGCACUAACUCUGAUUGGUUUCUGUGACCCUCCAGAAUUUAAUAAGAAACCCC